CCAUAGUCAACAGUUACUUUUAGAGAAGAAAAGACGUCGAAGAGAGUCUCAUAAUGCAGUUGAAAGAAGACGCAGAGAAAACAUCAAUGAACGAAUUCAAGAAUUAGGUACAAUGUUACCUGAAACAAUGCUAGAAGAAUUAGCUAGCAAUGGUUCAACCGGUACAAAUAAUAAACCUAAUAAAGGCGCCAUCUUGAGAAAAUCUGUCGAUCAUAUUCGACUUUUACAACAAGAAGUAUCAAGUCAUAAGCAACGCAUUUUUGAAUUGGAAAGACAACUAGCUGGUUUGACUACCAAUGCUGUAUCCAACAAAACGAAUAGUACUCCUACUGCGGCAACUGCCACAACUCUGACACAUACGACAGCCAUGUCAUUGUAAAGAACAAGAUACCUCUAGCUUAAAUCUAUAAUCAUUAUGUAUUUUAUCCGUAUUUAUUACCUACUUCAUGUACGUCUACCAUA